AUGAUACGCUCAAGAACAUUAUUACGAUCAUUACCAUCUUCUUCAGGAUCAUCAUCGCUACGAUCGUCCGCCGCUGCUAAAGUUACAGUCGGUUCAAUCGGAUCAAGAUCAUUGGCGACUGUAUCUGAUCCACCAGUUAGACAUUAUGGUGGUUUGAAGGAUCAAGAUCGAAUUUUCACAAAUUUAUAUCUGAAACAUGACCAUGGGUUAAAAGGAGCACAAAGUAGAGGCGACUGGCAUAAGACAAAAGAUAUCUUAUUAAAAGGUGAUAGUUGGAUAAUUCAAACUAUUAAAGACAGUGGUCUAAGGGGUAGAGGUGGUGCUGGUUUCCCAAGUGGUUUGAAGUGGAGUUUCAUGAACAAACCUGGAUGGGAAAAAGAUCCUCGACCACGAUAUCUUGUAGUCAACGCAGAUGAAGGUGAACCUGGAACAUGUAAAGAUCGAGAGAUCAUGCGAGGAGAUCCCCAUAAGCUAGUUGAAGGAUGUCUGGUGGCUGGACGAGCGAUGAAUGCUAGUGCCGCUUACAUCUAUAUUCGUGGAGAAUUCUACCAAGAAGCAUCACAUCUUCAACAAGCAAUUGACGAAGCUUAUAAAGCCGGAUUGAUUGGUAAAAACGCUUGUAAUUCUGGAUACGAUUUUGAUGUUUAUUUACAUCGAGGUGCCGGAGCGUAUAUCUGUGGAGAAGAAACUGCUUUAAUUGAAUCAAUCGAAGGCAAACAAGGAAAACCUCGAUUGAAGCCACCAUUCCCUGCCGACGUUGGGUUAUUCGGCUGUCCAACAACAGUAGCAAAUGUCGAAACUGUAGCUGUCGCUCCAACGAUCGCUAGAAGAGGUGGAUCAUGGUUCGCUGGAUUCGGAAGAGAAAGAAAUUCAGGAACAAAAGUCUAUUGUAUUUCAGGUCACGUAAAUAACCCUUGUGUCAUCGAAGAAGAAAUGUCUAUCCCUCUACAAGAAUUAAUAGAAAAACAUUGCGGUGGAAUCAGAGGUGGUUGGCAAAAUCUAAAAGGUAUCAUUCCAGGUGGUUGUUCAGUUCCGGUCAUUCCAAGAUCAGACUGUGAGAAAGUCUUGAUGGACUAUGACUCUCUUAAAGAUGCCCAAACUUCACUCGGUACAGGUGCUGUUAUCGUCAUGGACCAAACAACAGAUAUGAUAUCAGCCAUUGCAAGAUUUGCUAAAUUCUACAAACACGAAUCCUGUGGUCAAUGUACACCUUGUAGAGAAGGUACGACAUGGAUGAUGAAUAUGAUGGAUAGAAUGGUUGAAGGUAGAGCACAAGAAAGAGAGAUUGAUAUGUUAUUAGAAUUGACAAAACAAGUUGAAGGUCAUACAAUCUGUGCCUUGGGUGAUGCUGCUGCUUGGCCUAUUCAGGGUCUAAUGAGACAUUUCCGUCCAGAAGUAGAAGCUCGUCUAGCUGCUUUCCACGCCAAAAACGGACAAACUCUUUUCGGUGGUAGAUUAUUGUCAGAGGCAGAUACAAGAUACGCUAUACCUGAUAACUUGGGUGGUGAUGCUCAAAGAAACAUCGCUCAAGUCUCAGCCCCAUGA